CUCCAAUCCCCAUCUCACCUGCAGAAUUCUCCUCUAUAAAAAGCUGAGGCCUGCAGGAAUACCUGUCAGUCACGUCGUUGAGCCAUACGUGAGGUUAUUUUUGGCAUUGGCGAAUUUCAACCCCAUACUAUGAAUGAGCCCGGAUCCCCACCUAACUAGUCAAACAUAGGUUCUGAUCUACUUGUUUACUCAAUAAUUUGAUCAAUCAGACGGUCCGUUCUCAUCGAUCUACCCACUGUCUCUAGAUCUGAGCUGUCAUGAUAUUUGACCAACAAACUCAACUAAUAUCAUCCCACAACUUCACACAUCCAAAACGCCAUCAUAAGAUCAACUCCAUAAAAGUGCAAAGAACUCGGAAAACCACGGAAUGCCCACUAUCUUCACUCACAAGCAGCUAAGAUGGUUAACGCCAUGUCUCCAGCUUCUCUUCCUCGUCAUGCUGUUCACCAACCCAGCAAAAGCCCAACAAACAGUCGAGACAACAGUCCUAGUGACAGUAACACCCACACCCUCAUCACCGAAACCACCCUCUUACACAUCACAAGAGGUAUUCAAAGACGCAAUGCUCGCCAGCAGCAACGCCUACCGAAAAGUACAUAACGCAAGCAAUCUCGUCUGGAACGAGACCUUGACUCGAUACGCCAAAAAUUGGGCCGAGGGCUGCAAAUGGCAACAUUCUCACGGUCCGUACGGCGAAAACCUCGCCUUCGGGUACCCUAACGCCUCGGCCGCAGUUUCAGCUUGGGGUGAUGAAGGUCGUUUGUACGAUUUCAAGAAACCGACCGGGUUCUCUGAGGAAACAGGGCACUUUACACAGCUGGUCUGGAGGGCUACCACGGAUGUUGGAUGCGCGGCUAUUGACUGCGCGUACGGGAAUGAUACCGAUAACCAGAAGCGCGGGGAUACAGGUUCGUAUACAAGGGCACAGGGAUGGUAUGUGGUUUGCGAGUAUUCGCCGCCGGGGAAUGUAAUGGGAAAUAGUAGGACUGCUGGUGGUGAGAUGGGAUUCUUCAAAGUGAAUGUGCAGUCGGCGAGUACGUAUUCGGGACCAUAUCCGACACAGUCUGGGAAUCCUCCUGCUAGUACGACCAGCGCAAGUAGUGCGGAUCGAGUGACUGUGACUUUCGGGUUGAUUUGGAGUUGGAUUGGGGUAAUGCUUUUGGUGAUGUGUUAAAAAGAUGAGUGUUUAUGUGUAGACAUAAAGGUAGAAGAAUCAUUCCUUUUCGGGUACCAAC